ACUUCGCGGCGCGCGAUUCGAACUCCAGCAGCGCCCCGCGGAGCGCCCCAAUGCCGCGGCCCAAACCGCGCAGCCCCCGGCGCCGGGGCCGCCCCCCCCCGGCCGCCCCCCCGCCACCCCCCGCGCGGCCUCGCGCCCGCCGGUACCGGCCCGGUCAGAGGGCGCUGCGGGAGAUCCGCCGCUAUCAGAGCAGCACCGCUCUGCUGCUGCGCCGCCAGCCCUUCGCGCGCGUGGUGCGGGAGAUCUGCUUGCUCUUCACACGGGGCGUGGACUACAGGUGGCAGGCUAUGGCCCUAUUGGCCCUACAGGAGGCGGCGGAGGCAUUCCUGGUGCACCUGCUGGAGGACGCCUACCUGUGCUCGCUGCAUGCGCGCCGCGUCACACUGUACCCCAAAGACCUGCAGCUGGCACGGCGCCUGCGGGGGCUGCAGGGGGAGGGGUUCUGAGCGCUCUCCCCCCUCCCCCCCCCCUCAAUAAACACCCCGUCCCCUACUCACA